AUGAAGAUUUCGGGCCGUGUUGCUUUUGUUACUGGUGGAGCUUCUGGGAUAGGACGAGGGAUUUGCGAGACUUUGCUGCAAUUCGAUGCCAAGGUGAGUCCUUCCUGCAUAUUGUUUCUGAAUGCUUCCCGCUUUGGUUGAUUAAUUGUGAUAUAAAUUCAAUUAUUCGGCGAGAGGAUAGUUAUGUUUAAGUGUGUUACUGUUAUUUUUGUUACAUAAAUUUCACCCGAAGUUUACGGAGAAAUUUCUCGAUAAAAUUUUGCAUAGCCUUUCCCGCUUUAGGCUAUCUCCAUUCAUCCCUAAGUACUAGCUCAGCCAUCAAAAUUAAAUAGACUUGACAGGUUUUAUUCAUACCAAAUGCACUAAUUUCACCCCUAUUAGACUUCCAAUAUUUAAUAAAUACUAAGAUAGUCCACUCUGAUGCAUUGAACCUUCCUGUUCCUCCAAAUCUCCAGUCUAUGUAUCUUUCCAUCCACUCUUCUGCUUGCCUCCAUCCAACCAUAAAAUCACUCUUCAUUCAUGCAUUUACUGGUUGUUAUUCAUCUAUAAUAUUCCUUCUGUCCUUCCUUCCUUCCUUCCUUCCUUCCUUUCUCCCUUCCUUCCUUCCUGCCUUCUUUUCUUCAUUCCUGAAUUCAUUCAUUUAUUCAUUUACUCUUUCUUUCUUUCUAUAUAAUUUAACAAUUAGAUUCCACGUUGCUGUGCAUCUGUUCAAGGACAAAAAAGUGGCACGUCAGGGGCAGCCGAGUGAGUCACUGAUGUUCUUACUACAUAUUGAUAUCUUCUGUGAUCUAUUACUGAACUGACCCACGGCAACUUGGAAUCUAUUUGUAAUACAUAAUAAAGAAGGAAAAAAUUUCAAGUGGUGACACCAUCUAUGCAUCUGUCCUUCAGUAGAUCAUAAGUAAGAACCAAUCAAACUGCCUGUGUAAUUCAGUUUUUAAUAAUUUUAAUCAUAAUAUUUUUUCAUUCAUUUGUUUUUUCUCUCACUCAUUUAUCUAUCAUUCCUUAAACUGAUAAGUGGAGUAAUAAAGUUUCAUGAGAGAAUUAAACAACAUUCAUUGAUUUUGUUGAACACCAUGUCAGGUUGCUGUAAUUGACAUAAAUGACGAAAGAGGGAGAGAGGUGGAGAAAACAUUGGGAGAGAAGUAUGGAACUGGAUCAAUAACUUUCAUCAGAUGUGAUGUUUCUGUUGAGAGCAGUUUGAAAGGUUGAUAUUUCUGUUUAUGAUAAUGUGAUAUUCUCAAAAUGUUUGCUACAGUACCUGUAGUUUUCAGUACUGCAGUUUAGAGGGUCCUCUCUGGUAUUACAUUUUGGCUUCACACCAAUUGUAAAACAAAAAUGUCUUGAAUAGAAACAAUUACAUUAUUGUUUUUGUUUUAGAGGCAUUUUCAAGUGUUCUUUCUUUGUGGGGUUGCAUUGACAUUGUUUGCAACAAUGCUGCUGUUCUGGAUGAAGACAAUUGGAACAAAACUCUGAAUACUAACCUGGUAGGCUUUUGGAAUUACUGAGAUAAAAAUCUUAUCAAUGUUUUACUUGUCUUUGGUUAACCCCUAACUCCCAUGAGUGCCCAAGACAGAAUUUCUCCUUACGAUCCAAUAUCAAGCAGACAAGGGAUGAGAAUAAAGAAAAAUCUUAAUUAGGGGAUUAUUAGUUAAUGCAAUACAGAAGUCUCAGAACCAACAUCACAAGAAUUGUAUGGCAUACAGUAAGGAGAAAUGCUAUUGAGAUCUUGAGAAUAAAAGGGUUAAUAUGAUUAUCAUAGAAAAUUGAAACAACGAAUGAAUAAACAUUAAAAAAUUGAUGAGUCUAUAAACAAACAAAACAUCUUAUUUCUAGGAGUUGGAUAUCCCUGUUAUUAGCCCCUCUCCCACAAACACAUACAUGUAAAUCCUUUUCUGUCAGUCCAGUUGGACAUUUAUAUAAUUAUUUCUGCAUUUGGUAAUGGACUAGAGCAACUCAAUGCACCCUUUUGACAGACUGGUCUCAGUUUCUGAGCAUACCAAUUGAAAAUUUUAUCAGGGGAUUUGAGAAAUUCAUUUUGAUUGAAUAUCAAAUUUUAUGAAACAUAAUAUUUUUCAGGGAGGAGUCAUCCAUGGAACUCUUCUUGCUCUUGAUAAUAUGAAAAGUGGUUCAGUUAUUAUCAACACAUCAUCCACUGCUGGUAGGUGAUUGACACUUCAACUCCCUAGAUCUCUUUUUAGGUGAUUUUCUAUAUUGUCUGCUAUAAUGUUGGUUUGGAGAAUUUGGUGUUGGAUCAACUAAAAAUUCCCCAAUUGAUAUUUUGUCUUACUCUGUCACUCGUCUGCUUGAUAUUGUUUUAAUAUUGUAAGGAGAAAUUCUGUCUUGAUCUCUCUGGUAGUUAAAAGUUGAUUAUUCAGAAGCUGCAACUGACCCCAUACUGUUGUUGCUGCUAUGAUUAUCAUAUUAAUUGCCUCUUGAAUAGGGUCACUUAUUCUAUAGUUUAAAAGUUUACUGGAAUUUGGUAGAUUUUGUUGUCUUUAGUUAAUUUUUAUUUGUUUAUUUUUCCCUCAUGUCUAAGGCUUGGUGCCAUGGAAACUUGCUCCUGUCUAUUGUGCCACAAAACAUGGAGUCAUUGCUUUCACUCGAAGUAUUGCAAAUGUGAGUAAUGUGGGAGCCCAAAUAAACAAUACAGGUUGGGGAUACAGGGUAGAUCAUUGCUCAAUUUAGAAAGGGGGGCAGCCAUUACAAUUAUUAUGAUAGGAAUUUUUGUCUGACUUCUUCAAAUUUUAUAAAAUGUUAUGAAACAUAAUUUUUUUAAAAUGGAUAAGCAAACCAUUUAAAUGUUUUUGCUACAGCGUUAAAGGAAUGCAAAUUUCUUUAAACAGAUGCAAAUUUUUUUAAACAGAUGAGCAAACUGCUUAAACAUUUUACCAAAAGCGUUAAACAGAUGCAAAUUUUUUUAAACAGAUAAGCGAACUGCUUAAACAUUUUAGCUAAAAUUUUUUUAAACAGAUGAGCAAACCAUUUAAAUUCUUUCAUGAACCAUUUAAACAGAUUUAAACGGAUAGUGAAAGGUUUUGCAAUUUAAACAAAAAAGCAUUGUCGUCCAUUUUCUCAUGGACUGGGUCACAUAUUAUCUGACAGCUUUGAAACAUGGUAUUACAUUUUGCAUGAGGUUUAAUAUUUUUCCUCUCAGGCUUUCAAAUAUUUAUAUUUUAUUGGUACUUAACAUGUAAGUGACCUUAUGAGAACAAAAAUGUGAUUGGGAUAUAUUCACAAACCAAGAGUUGGUGAAAGAAAUAGAAAUGAAAUUGCACAAACAAAAACUGCAAUAAGUAUAUAUUUCAGCGAAUAAAUAAUCCUGAUUGAUACCAGCUUGUCUUGCAACAAUUUCAAGUUAACAUAUUAUCAUUUUGUUUCAAGCUGUCAUCUGUUUUGAGAAGCCAUAAUCCAUUUGUGCUGUUCAACCCUCAAAUAUUUCUUUCUUUGUUGCUACUUUUGAACUGAAGGCAGCCAUCAGAGAUACAGGAAUCCGUGUUAACUGUAUAUGUCCUGGAAGAACAGACACAGAAAUGGACUUUCCUAGACACAGAUUGACAAAGCAGGAAAUUGAAGCUCAGGAUAGCCUGCCCAAGCAACCGUAAGAAUUUAACUUACAUGGGAUGGUGAUCAUGUGCUGUUUACAUGGCCUUCUAGUGACCCACAUCCACCUACAUGUAAUAAGUAAACACCUUCCCUGUCAUUAUGCAGUCCGACUGGCUGUGGUUUAUUUCUUUUUGCCUCAUUUUGUAGUAUAUUCCCCUGACCUAUGGCAGUCAGUCAUACAGACAGACAGUUAAGCAGACAUGUGCAGAGAGAUAGUCACAGACGGUGGAAUGGACAGAAAUGCCGAUAGACAGAUACGGACUAAGAGUCUGACAGACACCAAAACAGAUAGAGAUACAGUCGGACAGUCAGAAAGAUAAACAGAUAGACAGGCAGACAGACAGACAUCCAGACACACUGUCUCGGACUGACUCAUACCAAUAUUUCCUAUUUUCCAACAGAGUUGUGGAUGUGGCAAAGGGGGUUGUAGAAUUGAUUGAAGAUGACUCAAAAAUUGGCGAGGUCUUAGUCAUAUGUGUUACAGAUGGAACAAAAUACAAAAAAUUUGUGGAUAAGGUUGGUUUAGUGGUCAACUCGUGUCUUAGUCGCAUUUUGUAUAUCUUGUACACUGCAUUUUAGUAACAUUUAACGGUUUAUUGUUGUAAAUUUAACAUUGAGUGGGUUUACUCAGUCAGCCUAAAGAUAAAAAUCAUUCUUUCCAAUCUUAAUGGGUUGGUCAAACAACCCUAUAGAGAUAUAAACCCCUGUGGACCGAAGGUCUGAGGUUCGAGUACUCAUGGGAACUCAGAACUUUUCCUGUCCCACGCUCGUGAAAAGACGAUAAACAUCUUUCUCUAACUCCAUAGAUAGUUUUUUACAUGACGUCACGGCGGCCGUGUUGGGGUGUGGGUCAUUCCUGUUGGAUCGACUCUCUCUUUUUAGAUGUAAGGUUAAAGCUUUUCUGUUCCAUUUAAUUUACGUAGCUGCUCAGCACGUGAUUGCAAACGUCCUAUAACAACGGAGGUAUAUAUUUAAUACAGAUCGAUCUGCGUGGCAACUAAACAAGGCGCGAGUGUUUAAAUCAAUACGCGCGAGCAAGACGACUACGCACGAGUCGGUAGUUAGAGUCAGUUUUGGGGGUAUUGUGAGUCUGCUCUGUGCCGCACCUGCGCAUUGCUUUUUCUCAGAGAGCUUAUUCCCAUGCAGGCCAAAAAAACGUAGUAAUUCAACUUCCCUUAAAGGGGUAAACCUGUAAAAGAAAUUGAAAAAAGUAAAAAUUUAUUUCCAGUUUUCAAAAAUUAAGAAUUUGAUCUUAGAAUUUCCAUUAAUUUUUGUAUUUAGAUCUAAAGUAUGCCAGCUGAGAAGUUACCCACAGUGACACAGUGAACCUUCUGAAAAGUACUCUACUUCCAAACUUCAAAGCGUGGCAUCGUCGCUCAGUUGCUAGAGGCGCCCAGCUGUUAUCUGGAAGGCCUGGGUUCGAAUCCGGUCUAAGCCUGAAUUUUUUCCCGGCUUCUUUUCUGCGAUUUCCUAAUUUCUGUUCACCUGCGAGGAUUAUUGCUUUUCUUGAGUUAGAUGUUGUUUACAGUACUGAGGGUUUUAGUUUUCCGUAAGAGAAUAUUUAGGGCCAUGGAGGGAAAUGAAAGCGUCGUCGUUUGAAGAAUUUACCUUAGAGAACAUUAAUUUGUGUUAACUUCACUGAACAAUAUGCAUGCAUUUUGCAUUUUGUCAAACUGCAAAAGUAUUAGCUGUUGUAACUGGUUUGUUUUAAAGCGAAGCAAGUGUUCUUCGACACAGUUAUUUGAAAUACUUUUCGUUUUUCCGCCAAACAAGGGUUGUCAUUUCUAGAGCACAGAUUAACAAAGGUCAGUUACCUGAAAUUAAAUUUUAAUGAACAUGUGGGCUAAGAGACAAUUCAUUCAGCCGCACUUUCUUUAUCUGGAGCUCAGAAAUAUGAUUAGAUAACUACUUCACGGAAGCUUUGUAAAUAACUAGUUAAAAACGAAAAUAUAUUUUUUUAAAAUUUGAGCAGCAGUCGUUGUUUAAUCUAACAAGCUUCUUACUCGCAUUCACAAGCAU